AUGAGAUGUUUGGGUUGUGUACUUACCGACAAUGUUCAAUUUAAGGUCCCUGGUUCGGACUACGAAGAACACCUACAUCAGGACGCUAGAAAACAGGCCUCACUUAUACUUAAACCAUUAAAAGAUGGACAUUAUCACGUAUUCGGCCUUUUGAAUUUCACGCAUCGAAUAGAGCCGCUCAUCAGCCAAGAGAGGUCAGCAUCGGGUGCAACACCGCACAGGAUAUCAAGAGUUGUGUUCAGUAAUGAAGCCAAUGGCGUUGAUGACACACUUGAAGAUUAUUCAGAGAGAGCUGAUGGAGAAGCCAUUCCCCAAACUGAAGAGCGAGCCCUGCCAUCAUCCUUCACUAUCGAAAUAUUUUCCGUCAGCGAUUCUAAGCACUCAUCGCAUUUUCGCGGGGAUGAAAAGCAGCUCAUCGAAUACAUGAUCGUCUUCUGGAAUGCGGUCAGUCUGCGGUUUCAGCAGCUCAAUCCUCCUGGUUUUAUAUCUCUUAUAGGCAUCGAAACGUCCACAAACGUAACUGAACGACCAUACGUCAGCCUCCGUGGUCCCGAUAACCUUGUUUCCAACGAAACAUUGUUAAACUUCGAGCGAUGGCUAUGGAGAUGGCGCUCAAUUCGUAUCGCAGACGUCGUCUUCUUGGUUACUGCGCGCGACGUGGUGCAGUUAGGUUCCAGGAGGACUAAACUUCUGGCGCUGCAGACCCCUCCCUGUGUCGCUUUUGUUGGCCACGCCUGCACGUCGAAAAAAGGAGCCAUCGCAGAGGACUACCCAAGUCUAUUUACUGGGGUCAAUGCAGCCGCUCACGAACUGGGACAUCUGUUAGGUUGCGUCCACGACGGGACAGGGUCCUCAAGUCAUUGCCCAGCAAACGACGGUUAUCUGAUGAACCCGACAGACUCGGGGUUGAACGUCCACAAGUUCUCCGCUUGCAGCAAGACAGCCAUCGCCACUUUUCUGAAGUCGCCCACAGCAUUUUGCCUUAAAGACACGGUCAGGCGGAGCCCCAUGGUUCGCUUACCCAACAAUGGAAAGAAGCUACCUGGAGAAGUGCUGAGCGGAGAUGAUUACUGCAAAAAGUACUUGUCUAAAUACCCUACCGUCUCCUACGUAAAGUGGGCCUCUGACCUCUCGAAAUGCAAGUUUCGGUGCAAAUUGGGUGAAAGAAAAGAUGGAAGUCCAAUCUACGCAAUCAGAUUUGCAUUCGACGGGACACACUGUGACGGAACUCACUCCGAGAAGAAGUGCAAGAACGGCGUCUGCGUAUAAAAGGAAAUCAGUCUGGCGCACACACACGGCUCACAAUACGUUCAUAUUUUGAGAAAAUAAAAAAAGUAACAAUCUU